AUGUCAACGGGGGCACCGCCUCCUGUUGCGGACCUUACGCCUUCGUCCGCGUCCAGUAGCCACGUUCACAGCCAUAGUCGUGGACGCGGCCACAAUCGCUCCCGCUAUGCACAACCGCCACCUUCCCUUUCCCUCGGGGGCUCCAAUGUGAACGGAUCAUACAUACCUGAGAAUUCAAGUGUUACGAAUGGGAGCUACUCUUACAGCCAUGCGUCGCAACAUUCUUUUUCCCAUACCCACACAAACUCCCUCUCUACGCCUCAUCAACACCAUGACCACGGUCACACCCAUACACAUACCCACAAUCAUAGCAUCGCCUCAAUUCAUGAUGUGUCGCAUAGCCAUGAUAUUAAACCGCCAGCAGAGAUUCAUAGGGAGAAUGGGGCUCAACAACUACAUGAAAUCCUAGCAGGUGCACUGAUUUCUUUGCCAUGGGUUGCACUCUCCUGGUACCCUCGAAAGUGCGCAGAGGCUUGUCAGGCACCUAAUGCUGCGGUCAAAAGCAGUAUUUUAGGAAUUGGACAGGCUGGACAGAAGGCUGGCGUUUUGACCGCAUUCACCCUUUUAAUAUUUGGGACCGUCCAAAUUUUGCGCAAGAAUCAAGCGGGGAGUUCGGUAUCUUCCUUUAAGAUGCCUGCGCCGACCGCAAAGACCGCUCAGGCGGCAUUCCUGCAGGUGGUGUCGAUUGCAUUACCAAUUUACGCUGCGUUGAAAGUUGGAGGGUUUCUGGUUGCGUUUGCCCUACUUCUUGCAACAGCAUCUGGAGUCCCGAACUUGGUGCAAGCCGAAUACCGUAAUUCAGCCCCUGAGAAAUACAGCAAAAAGCCCGCUACAAUUGCGCUUUUGGCGGUAGCGGUUAUAUUGAGCUUUUUUGGACUGAACAAGCCAUGGGAUUCCUCCCCAGUACUGGGAUAUCUAGCUCUUCUAACCUCUAUAUUUGUACUUUCUCCGCCGUUGGCUUAUCUCCGCCAUCAGGGUCCUAUCCCGGAGCCUGGUCUGGUUGCGCAGUCGAUAUCUCAGGCUAAAUCAGCCGCCAUGAAUCAGUCUGCUGUCCUGGUUACGUCGGAUGCGCCUCUGGCUCUGGUCUCGGGAGCUUCUCUCUUCAUCAUGGAAAUACUUCUUUCCCAAGGACUUCCAUUUGAAUUCUCAGACCUGGCCUACAUGAUAAUCCCCGCGGGACUCUUGGCGAUUCCUUUGAUGAUCUCUUUCCCAGUCGGUGUUCGUACCCCUGAUAAAUAUGGAUUGGCUGUCUGUACUGGAGCAGCUGCCCUACUCUGCUCUCCGCACAUUCGAGAUGACCUUAUGCCUGUCUACGCAGCACGCUGUAUUUUGGCUGCCAUCUCCUUCUUUGCCUCAAGAAUGGAUGAUAGUCAUCUCCGUUCGGAUGCUCAUUCUCAUAACCACUCUCAUCAUAAUCACAGUCAUAGCCAUUCGCAGACGCCCGAGUCUACCACUCGGAUUACGAAAUGGCUUAUCCAUCGCAGUGAAGUGUAUCCUCUACUUCACAGCAUCCUGAAAGAAAAGGAUUCCCGCAGCAUUUUCUACUUCAUGUGUCUGAACUUUUCUUUCAUGCUUGUCCAGCUGUCCUAUGGUUUCUUGACUGGAUCACUGGGACUGCUUAGUGACAGUAUCCACAUGUUUUUCGAUUGCCUUGCCCUCGUGGUUGGGCUAUGUGCUGCCGUCAUGAGCAAAUGGCCUCCAAACGCUCGUUUCCCCUACGGAUACGGAAAGGUAGACACAUUGUCUGGAUUUGCUAAUGGAAUCUUUUUGAUGAUCAUCAGUGUGGAGAUUAUCUACGAAGCCGUGGAGCGGUUGUCAUCGGGUAGUCAGAUGAAUCGUAUCGGCGAGCUCUUGGCUGUGAGUGUUGCGGGUCUCCUUGUCAACCUGGUUGGCAUUUUCAGCUUUGAGCACGGCCACCACCAUCAUGGGCAUGAUCAUGGACAUGAUCACUCUCAUGGAAACGAGAAUAUGCAUGGUAUUUUCCUGCACAUUCUUGCCGACACACUUGGUUCUGUUGCUGUGGUCAUCUCUACCAUCCUUGUCCAUUAUACGGGAUGGUCUGGAUAUGAUCCUCUGGGCUCAUGUUUCAUUGCUAUCUUGAUUUUUGCCUCCGCUGUGCCGCUGGUCAGCAGUACUGCUAAAACUUUGCUUUUAGCCUUGCCUGCUGAUACGGAGUAUAACGUGCGCGAGACGCUGGCUGGAGUCAGCACAUUGCGGGGUGUUGUUGGAUACACAGUCCCUAAGUUCUGGCUUGAUGACACGGGCUCGUCCUCUGCGGCCCACGACCACUCUCACAGCCAUGCAGACCAUGGGAGCUGUGGCCAUGACCACGCUCAUGAUCAUAGUCACGAUGAUCAUAAACAUGAACACAAGCACGAUCAUGAUCAUGAUCACGACCAUGCCCACGAGAGCAAAGCUCAAAAGGUCUUUGGUGUAAUUCAUGUUAUUGCCUCUCGUGGCUCUGAUCUUGAGGAUGUUCGUCAACGAACCGUUCAAUAUCUGCAAGAUAAGGGCAUGGACAUUGUGGUCCAGGUGGAACGUGAUGGGGAAGGUCGCUGUUGGUGUGGAGGAGGGAACAAGAACUUGAAUCAAUAA